AUGCCUAAAAACAAAUCCAGCGAUUCUCCGCCACGAUACUCUAAGUUGCCUCCCCAAGGCCAUGCUAGCUCCAGCAAUGAUGCUGGCCCCUCCUCGGCCAACAUUCCAACGCAAGACACCUCAACUCAACGCGGUCCCGAGAUCCCGCCAAACAAUGACUUCCUUGAUGAUCCUCCUCUUCCCAACCCACGGCCGAAUCGUAAUCGAAGACCACGACCGGGGCAUUCUGCUAGAUCCAACCCUUUUGAUACUGAUGGCGCCUAUGACCACGAAGACAGCACUUCCGCCGACCUUCAGCUGGCGGCUGUGCGUCACGUCGUACGCCCUCCAACGUCCGACUCUGACUCCGAAUCCUCUACUUCCUCGUUAAUCGCGCCUUCAGAAGCCAUUCUGUACGUCAGCGCGAUGGCAGCGGGGCAAAACUAUGCCCGGCUCUAUGACACGCCGGGACGGAUCAUCGUUGUGCACGCACUCCCGGUAUUCGUGGAGGACAUGCAAGCCAUCCUUGCACGGCGCGUCCUUUCGGUGAACGGGCUGCGCGGCCGCGUAAAUCAUCGGUUCUACUUGUCGACGGAAAUGAUCGGGGCCAUCGCUGAAAGCCUCGAUUGCUGCUACGGAUUGGUGACGCGUUGGACUAGGGAACACGGCAUUCUCCUAGAUUUCAGGGGUGAUGUGUGGCUGGAUCCAUGGCAUUUGCCGCCCGGCGUCGAGGGUGCCCUCCGGCGUCUUUUUCAUAUGCAUAGGGUUCUAGUGCAGUGA